GGAAGCUGAAGAGGCCCUGGGAGCCAGAGACGGGAGCCAUGCCCCACAGCUCCGACAGCAGCGACUCCAGCAGCUUCAGCCAGUCUCCCCCUCCCAGCAAGCAGGACUCUUCUGAUGACAUGAGGAAAGUCCAAAGGAGGGAGAAGAAUCGCAUUGCUGCCCAGAAGAGCCGCCUGAGGCAGACCCAGAAAGCAGACACACUGCACUUGGAGAGUGAAGACUUGGAGAGGCAGAAUGCUGCCCUGCGCCGGGAGAUCAAGCAGCUGACGGAGGAGAUGAAGCACUUUGCCUCGAUGCUGAGCUCCCACGAGCCGCUCUGCUCCAUCCUGACAUCCCCUCCACCGCCUCCUGAAGUGCUUUAUGCCACACACUCCUUCCACCAGCCCCACAUCAGCUCCCCACGCUUCCAGCACUGAAUCAGCCCGCCGGACAGCUGCCUGCCGGCUCCACCAAUGGCAAGAAGCAACUUCGUGGGGCUCACUUCUCCACCCAAGGGAGACCGAGGGACGGACGGACAGACACCCCUUCUCAAAGUGUAUACCCUGAGUGACUUGCCGAAGACAUGUCCCCUGUGCAGAAAUGACAGAGCCACCAGGAGGCAUCUUUGAGCAGUUUCCAGCUUGGAUCCUGGGAGGAGAAGGCAUUCGCAAAAGGGCGCCAACCCCUUCUCCAGUGCUUGCUUGGGGACGCUCGCGGGAGCGUGUGGCACCGGCAGCCGCAGUGCGAGCAGCUGGCGCAACAGACGGAGCUCCAGGGAGACGAACGGGAGCAGGGGUGAAGGGGAAGGCUGGGGGCCACGGAGUACCAGAGCAAAAUCGGUUUAUUUUUGUAAAAUAAAGAUUGAAAAUGCUUAA